ACACCCACACCGUCAUCAGGUACUGUCACACAUGUCACACCCUCACGAAUGGGGAAUAACGCGGCCUGGCCUCCCGUCAAAAUUCGUAAUCCGUCCGUUCCAUUGCAGCUGCCUUUCCACUUUCCCCGGCCGACAAUCUGCUGGCUGAUGCACAUGCAACUGACCGGCCGCAGCUAGCGCGUCCCUGUCUUGUCCUUGUGCACCGCUGCCGCUGCCCUCUCUUCCUCGUUCGACCUGCAGCUGGCGCCUGGCUGUGAUCUACUGCUGGCUGCUGCUGCUGCUGGGCUGUCUCUCUUCUUUGUGCUAGGAUGACCUCGUCCACCGCCCGUCACCUCGCACCCUUCCUGGUCCCUACACAUCCCUAGAACUGCUCCUACAGUACCGCUACACUGUCCCUAUCUAUUCACCGUGUGCCCUGCAGCACAGGCCGGCCUUUGGAACAACACCCGGACGAACGUGCGAUCUCGACCACGAUCUCGACCACGACCUCACCACUGCAAUCCCAAUAAUCCCCCUCCCCCUACUCGAACCACGACCCUCCCAUACCACCAACCACCACCACCACCACCACCACCGUACCCAUGCCUCACAUUGCAGCACCGAGUUCGAGUAGCUGACCGAUGUGGCUUGCUUCUUCUGCUUCUAAGAUGAUGGUGCAGCGGUAUUAUGGAUCAUGGGCAACGUGCAGCGCUGGGUGGAGGAAUGGGUCAACGACCUCUGCCUCCCAAGCGUGCCGUGAGCGGGUCAUAUGCUAUUCAGCAAGGUCUCAAAAGGCCAGCGGUCCCAUCGCGCCUGAAUAAUGUGCGCUCUGUCUCGCAGCACGGCAACUACGUGGACCUGACCACCUCCGAUGCGGCCUCCUCCCGCAACGCAGCUGCCUUUACAAACAAUACUGCGGCCCGCAGCAUCUCCAAUUCGCCCAAUCAUGUCAUUGAUCUGAGCGACGAAGAUCAUGAACGACCAGCGAAACGAGCGAGGACCGGCGCCGGCGACAUGUCUCCAUUCGAACCGGGCACUUCGCAGCAUGUCUCCCACCAGAGAUGGCCAGGACAGCCGCUGCCAUUGCCUCCCACGCCGCGGGUGCCUCCCACCAUGGGAAAAAGUCGCCGGCCCGCCAUACAUCGGCUGGCGCGGAAGGCGAAUGGGCUGGAGCCACCGCCUUGUGCGACUCGACUGGCCCCUCCGAAGCAGGUCGCUGAUUUCGCUCCGUGGAAUGGCCAACACCCCGAAGACGUCAUGACCGAGGGCGUGGUCAAAGGUGGCUACUACGAUAAGGCGCCAGGACCGAAUUCGACCGAAACCAAUUCCGCCAAACCCAUCAUUUGGCCAAACUUGUCUGCGAAGAACAACAUGGGUUUGCAGACAUUGUCAUAUCUCUUCACGUCUGUGAUCGAGAAGAGGCAGGCCCUCGGCAAGUGCACCGCCCCAUCGACCUUUAAACCUCCGCCUCGUGUGACGGUGACCGAUACGAAGCGAGAGGCGUGGCUACGCGAUCUGGCGAACCCCGAUGUUCCCUUGCGAAAGCAGAGUAGGACGAUUCCGCAUGGCAUUCGCGGGAAGCUCCUCAUGGAACAGUGUCUGAGCAAGAAUAUCCCCAUGCCACGUGCCGUGUGGCUGGCAAAGUGCGUGGGUGCGAACGAGCUGAGAGCGUUUCGAAGGAAGGGAGUCAGUGGUGUCGCUGCAGCUACGGGAGAGAGUAAAUGGAUCCAGGAAUGGUCCGUACAGGUCGAACACUUCCUGGCCAGUGUAAUUGCCAUGUGUGGUCAGCCGGAAUGGCAACCGAAGAUGGACUACGCGGUGAAAUUGGCGACGGCAUUCUACGCCGAGCGCCUCUUGGAUCGGGAACACUACUUGGACUGGAUUAUAUCUUGCUUUGCACGUGCGCCGAUGGAUCAACUGCCCAUCUGGAUCAUUCUGGUUCAGCUCUAUUGGAAGGACAUUACUGCAUUUGGCAGACGAGGCAGGCAACUUGCCGCUGCCACCUUGGAGAGCCUGCAGAAACUGACGCAGGGCGAUCACAGAGCAAGCAAUCAUGUCCUCGUGGCACGAUUACACAAACUCGUCGCGGUUCUGGCAGUGACCAACCGAGGCUGCUUGGUCAUGCCAACCGCCUGGCGAAAGUAUCAACACUUGCUGCUAUCGCUGAGGAACAUUGCACCUGAUGCGGCGCAAAGCAUCACGAGGCGGAACCUCCGGCUGCUCGCGCCGUUGACGAAGACUUCGCAGAACAUCCGAUGCCCAUUGCUCACUCUAUACGGCAUUCUCGACGCUCACACGACGCUGUACGUGGACGUCGAGAGGUUGACUGUUGCCUGCCAAAAUGUCAUGCCCGACCUGGACAGGCUCGUGGCUGCAUUGCUGCACUGGUCGGCAUCCGCGUACCGCGUGGGCGAGAGCAGAGCGUAUCUCGCUGCCCAGGUCAUCAUGCAUCUCCACUCCCACGCUCACGACACGGACAGCGCGAUCAUGAACUACCUGAGACUCACACCCACUCCGGACGUAGUGGCUGCUGACGUCUAUCGCGUAGUCGCAGAUCUUGCACGGGCUAACUGCUUCUCGUGCGGCCGGUACAUGCAAUGGCUUAUCACGUCAGGCGCCUUGGCCGGAACAGAAACGACGGGACUCGCAACGGGCCUUUUGACGGCGCUCCCCGCGAACAUCACGGCCACUCAUUUGCAAAACACUAGAAAGUCUUUGCUACAGAGGGUUCCCACGCUUCGCGAUGAUGGAGAUGUCGUGGCAGCCACCCUUGACGGCGUCGCUCGGCGUGACUCUUCGUCAGCUCGACACGUCCCAUCAGAGGCGAUAGAAAGCUUGACUGCGACUUCUCGAUACGAGCUUGCGUCAUCCCUGACGCAGGAGUUGCCCAGUCUGCUUUCGGACGGCAGCCUGGACGUUGGGAAAUUCUGCAAUAUUCGCAAUGCGCUCGAAUCGACGGGAGAUGUGCGGACGUUGGGCGAGAUGCUCCACAUGACCAUGGCAUCGAACGACGUUGCAGUGCUUGCCAGCAUCUGUGACACCAUCAAUCUGCACUCCACAUCGUUUGCAGCCAUGGGCGCGUUGCUUCCCAUGCUGAACCUCAUGCUGGACAAGUAUGCUACGUUACGCUCCCAGCUUCCCCUGGAUCGGACAUGGAUUCUUGCUCUCAUGGCUUUGACGCAGCCGUUCAUAGACAAAGCGUCCACUCUUGGCAGGCCGCAGAUACUUGCAGCCCUGCCACUCGAUCUGUCGUUUUGUGAGCAGCAGACUUCUUUGGCAGUAUGCUCGCCUGCUUCUGAUAGUAUGGUCAGCAUGCAAGCAGCAGGAAGCCUCAAUUCCGACCAAGAGAUCGAUGCGGUGUUCGCAAGCGGGAACACCAUGGAUGAACAGCUGAUGCAGCGCGUCUUCGCUAGGAUCGUGCAACGUGCGGGCAAAGAGGUAGAAGGUGAAGCGGAACAGCGCACAUCGCCCAAGCUGUGUGUGUGGCUCAGUCAGCUGCAUGCUGUAGACUCGAUUGCCUUUGACGCCCUGGCGAAAAGCUAUGUGCAGGAAUACCUUCGAGGUUCCGGCGACAUUGCCACGACCUGUGUGGUCAUCAGUGCCCUGGUGGCGAGUGGUUGCGUAGGGUUGGACAGCGUCGUCGAUUUUGCGCAAGCCAUCGAUACUUCCACCGCCGCAUCCAACAUGAUACAUCUGCUCACGUCGAAGCUGGUCGCGAACGCGUGUCUACGCGAGGCCGAGGCAUACCGUUUCCAUGUGAUGCAGCAGCGUGUUCGCACGACUUGUGCUUCUCGCGUCAUCUCCCUCCUGAUCUCAGCCUUGGACGAUCCACAAUUCCCAUGUGAAGAGCCGGGUCUGAUCAGUUUGCUGAUGGAAUACUCGGCCAGCAGGUACCACGCCUGUCUCCAAGCGUUGGCUGGCGCUCCCUCCUCGUCCGCAGUCUUUCUUUCCAACUGUGGGCGCGUGGUGACCAAUAUUCUGAGCGUUGCACGGGGUCUGCCAGUAGCAGAUGUCAGGCUUGAUGCACCAACCAUGGUGGCGAUCGCCGAUCCCAUAUCUGUUGUAUAUUGCACCUGUGCGCUGUCAUUUCUCGCCAAGGUGGAGACGUCGUCGAUUCAAGACAGUCCCGAUAGCACUUUGCAGGCGACGAUAGUGGAAGCCAUUGUCAAUGGCAGCGAAGUAUGGCCACAACUGCUUGAGAGUGCCGGAAAGCAUACGAUUCGCAGCAUCUAUUGCUGGGCAAGAGACCAAAUCCUCAGCGGCACAUCGUCUGGUGGGGACGAAAUCAGCAGCGUCGACGAUGUGCAAGCAAGCCGCAACCUUGACAUUCUGUAUGCAUCACAUCACGCUCUUCAGGGGGAUGACAAUGCACAUGUGGUUCACAGUCUCACCGAGAGAAUCAAGGCGCUUACGGAACGCCUGCCCAAAGCGCCGCUGGAAGCAGAUCACAAAGGUGAUUUGUCGAUGCUGAAGCUACUCCUCGACCUCAGUGUGCUCUAUACGACACCUGACGCGGUGGCCGAGAGCGAAGAUCCAAAGUCUGGCCGUGACAGUCUGUUGGUGACGCUCUGCGUGCUUUUAGGACAUCCCGGCCUGCAGUGCCAUCAGGGACUCCUGGAGUACACGUAUGAUGUCGCCUCUGCGUUGGCUGACACUUUGCCAUUGGAAAUCCUGGCCGCUUUGAGUCAUACCAUGGCACGCAACGGCUACCGAGAUCCUCGACUUGCUGUCAUCCUGGGGUCCACGCAGAGUUCUGAGUCAUGGCUGGCGCUGGUAUCUUAUCCACAGUCACAAGCUGUUGGUGGUAGCGCACAAGCUAAAGCUCUUUUACAGAGAGCCGCACAACAACAGCAACAACAGCAGCAGCAGCAAUCGAUCAAUGCUGGAAGGUCGGGUGCAAUGCCCAGCUCCUGUGGACCGGGAGCUUUGCCACGAACGAUGUCUAUGAGAUCUGGUCAACAAGCGCAAGCGCAAGGCGAGGCGAAGACGGUGCCGUAUGUGCUUCGACGAUGGGAGGUGAUGAGUGACGCGACACCAAGUAUGGGCGACAACGACACCAGCUUGAGCUUGGCCUUGUUUGGUGCUAGGAAAGUGUCUUGAAAGAGGAGAGAGAGAGAGAGAGAGAGAGAGAGAGAGAGAGAGAGAGAGAUAGAGA